AUCACUUUCCAUUUGACUCUAAAUUAUAAAGUUGACGUUCUAAAGCCUACAGUUCAAACCGAUUUGAUCAGAUUUGUAUAUGCCUAUAUCUUCUCAUUUAAAUGAUAUCGUGAACUGGAUUAUUAUGCAACGAUAAACGAUAUAGUUUGUUAUUUUAGCGUGUGUGAAUGAAUAAAGUAAUCGGAGCGCUCGACCGAACGACGUCGUUGACAGAAUUGAAGACGUAGAAUUGUCCAGUCGGCAAAUUCCGUUAAGCUGCACAAUUAUGGCAUCCAAUGAGCGUGAGUAUCAUUCCUUAUUCGAUACAUUGUUGGAUCCCAUUGGGCACAGACGUCAAACCAACAUCUAUUCCACCACGGUUCAAUGUAAUUGAAUUGAAAUAACGUGGGAAACAACGUUGAUUCAACCAGUGUGUUCCCAGUGGGAUAUUGCAAUUGUUAUUGCUGAGUAAGGUCUGUAUGUAGUAUAUAGGUAUUAUAGUAUAUUAUACUGUAUUAUAGUAUAUUAUAGUGUAUUAUAGUAUAUUAUACUGUAUUAUAGUAUAUUAUAGUGUGUUGUGUUUGUGUAUGCUGACUUCUCUAAAUUAAUUUCCAUGUAAAUAAUAUUAUAGUAUAUUAUAGUGUAUUAUAGUAUAUUAUACUGUAUUAUAGUAUAUUAUACUGUAUUAUAGUAUAUUAUAGUGUGUUGUGUUUGUGUAUGCUGACUUCUCUAAAUUAAUUUCCAUGUAAAUAAUAUUAUAGUAUAUUAUAGUGUAUUAUAGUAUAUUAUAGUGUAUUAUAGUAUAUUAUACUGUAUUAUAGUAUACUAUAGUGUGUUUGUGUAUGCUGACUUCUCUAAAUUAAUUUCCAUGUAAAUAACAACAAAGUAUAUUUAAGCAAUAAGACCAGAGGAGGUGUGGUGUAAUGUACUGUAGCUAAGGGCUGUUCUAAAGUAUAUUUAAGCAAUAAGACCAGAGGAGGUGUGGUGUAAUGUACUGUAGCUAAGGGCUGUUCUAAAGUAUAUUUAAGCAAUAAGACCAGAGGAGGUGUGGUGUAAUGUACUGUAGCUAAGGGCUGUUCUAAAGUAUAUUUAAGCAAUAAGACCAGAGGAGGUGUGGUGUAAUGUACUGUAGCUAAGGGCUGUUCUAAAGUAUAUUUAAGCAAUAAGACCAGAGGAGGUGUGGUGUAAUGUACUGUAGCUAAGCAAUAAGACCAGAGGAGGUGUGGUGUAAUGUACUGCAGCUAAGGGCUGUUCUAAAGUAUAUUUAAGCAAUAAGACCAGAGGAGGUGUGGUGUAAUGUACUGCAGCUAAGGGCUGUUCUUACAGACGACGCAACACUGAAUGUCUGGACACAGCCCUUAGCAGUGGUAUAUUGGCCAUAUACCACAAACUCAAAGGUGCUUUAUUUCUGUUAUAAACUGGUUACCAACGUGAUUAGAGCAGUCAAAAUAAAUGUUUUGUCAUACCCGUGGUAUACGGUCUGAUAUACCACGGCUGUCAGCCAAUCAGCAUUCAGGGCUCGAACCACCCAGUUUAUAACAUACUUUAUAUUAUAGUGGGUUGUGUUUGUGUAUUUGUAUACUGACUUCUAUAAAUGAAUUUUCCAUGGAAAUGGACAGUAAAGUAUGUUGUAUGGUAUGUCAGGAAGGGAUCUGGGUUGACAGUAUAUUUAGUAGGCCUGUAACAUGUUUUCAUAGGUUCUCAGAGGAGGAAGAGCAGCAUGGAGGAGCCCCCUUAUUUGUCAGGCGAUGCAGAGUUUAGAGUCCUUCUCUUUGGGAGAAGUGGCCGCAGUCAAUUUUCUCUGGCAAACUCCAUUCUGGGGACAGAUGUGUUCAGCGAUGAGCUCUGCAACAUUACAGAGAGUCAGAGACACAGGAGCGAGGCGUUCGAGAGGAAACUAGCUGUGGUCAACACUCCAAACCUCUCUGAGUACCAGGCAUCCCAGAAAGAGCUGAGAAGAGUGUUCAAGUUGUCUGUGUGUAUGUCCUCUCCUGGUCCCUACGUCGUUCUCUUUGCAUUCGACCUGAACAACAUCUCACCAAGUGCAGUAAGCAUCCUGGAACUCGUCACAAAGCAUUUUGGGGACAGCAUCUUGAACCACAUGAUGGUUGUGGUGUGUCAUGAAGAGGAGAAGGAGGAUUCAGCUCUUGAGGAGAAAGUCAAGACUAACAGAGACUUCAGGGAGCUCAUUGAGAAGUGUGGCCGAAGGUAUCACCUCUUCAAUGAGAGGAAGGCCCGGAGAGAUGAGAAGAUUUCCAGACAGCUCCUUGGGAAGAUGGACGACAUGGUGAGGGAAAACGGAUGCAGAUUCUACUCCAAUCACCAAUACCAGGAAGCAGAGGAGAGAAUCCAGAAAGAGGAGUGUUUCAUGAUGAAAGGGAGAAAGAAAGAGAUGCUGACAAAGAGGAAGGAGCUGGAGAGCAGGUACACAUGUGAAGGUCUUGAGAAGGAGCUGCAGAGCAGGUACACAGGUGAAGGUCUUGAGAAAGAGCUGGAGAGCAGGUACACAGGUGAAGGUCUUGAGAAGGAGCUGCAGAGCAGGUACACAGGUGAAGGUCUUGAGAAAGAGCUGGAGAGCAGGUACACAGGUGAAGGUCUUGAGAAAGAGCUGGAGAGCAGGUACACAGGUGAAGGUCUUGAGAAGGAGCUUCUGCAGUUUGAGACAAGGAUAAGAGUAGAGAACCGAGAGAAGGCUGAGAGGAAGAUCUCAGAGGUACUGGGAUUUACUCUCACAGCAGUUGACUAUGCUGCUGCAGUAGGUAAAGGGGCAGCUCUAGGGGCUUUAUGUGGAGCGGUCGUGGGGUUUGAGGGUAUGGCGGUGGGAGCCGCUGUAGGUGCCGUUGUCGGGGGGUUCAUAGGAGGUGCUGCUAGUGCGGCAUGGGGUUACCUCACAAACACUGCUGCACAAAUGAAUAGGCGUUGAGACAUUGCUGCUUACAUCGAUGAUGCAUUGCCCAGUUUAACAGACUGUGUCAUUUUGAUGCUGUUCCUGCCCAGUUUAUCAGAUUGUGUCAUUUUGAUGCUGUUCCUGCCCAGUUUAUCAGAUUGUGUCAUUUUGAUGCUGUUCCUGCCCAGUUUAACAGACUGUGUCAUUUUGAUGCUGUUCCUGCCCAGUUUAACAGAUUGUGUCAUUUUGAUGCUGUUCCUGCCCAGUUUAACAGAUUGGGUCAUUUUGAUGCUGUUCCUGCCCAGUUUAACAGAUUGGGUCAUUUUGAUGCUGUUCCUGCCCAGUUGAACACCCCUGUCAGAUUUGUAGAGGUCUGAGGCCAAUCAGUUCAGUAAUACAUGCUAUUUGUCAGUGAGAAAAUAUUCAGAGAUGUAUGUUUUGUAGAUAUUAGACGCUGUUGAUUUGUUUUUGGGCUGCUGAUCUGGUGAUGGUUUCUAGUCGGUUAUUUUAAACAGAUUAAUUGUUGAAAUACGUAAAUUCAUGAAUAAAGGGAAGAUCCUUUAACGAUGGAAUAUUUAAACACGUUGUAAAUGUACUGUUGUUUUUGGUGUCUUUGGAAUUCCCAAUAAAUCUGUGUCCAUUUAAAUAGGAAAUAAAUAUAAAUAUACAUUCUAAAUCCAUUUAUGAAAGUUACAUAGUUAUUUUUUUAUUUUUUAUUACUGCUGUUGUACAUGUCUCUAUUUUGCCUAAUAAAUUCCUUCUUUUAAAAA